GGGCGCAGUCGCCCUUCUCGCUACGGAACACCUUGCUAUCUUGCAUGCCGCCAAGUACAUCGCGCGUAUUCAUAGCACAGAUAAAAACAACGCACGUUUCCAUGUUCACGCGCGGAUGCUGCUGAAUAGAACAAUGGAGCUGCAGAGAAGUUGGAGUUUCGGACAGAUCGUCACGGUCACCCCCGUUUCACCAACUCGCAUACCCAACCUAUUUAAACACGAUACUAACACUGUGACAUUGGCGGCCAUCUAGCGCGACACUAUCCCCAGUGACGCUCUUGGCGAGAUUUAUAUUGAAAUCUGUUCUAACAAUCUGCGGGCACGAAGUAACAAACAACAAUUAAUACAGAUAUCAUGACACAAUCUCGUUCCCCGUCUCGCCAACAAACGGAUUCUUCGAAUGGAGACGGUCAACCCUCUACCGCUCGCCAUGGAGGAAUCAGGACCCCAAGGCGUGUUCAAUGGGCUAGCAGAGAUGAUGUCCGGUUAAGCAUCGACCCCGAGACAUUAUCCCAUUUGAGCGUGCACGCUCUGGACGAGUUGGGGCUCGAUCCUGAAGCCUUCGAAAACCUUCGAAGUGCUCUGGAACGGCACAAAUCUGGGAGCGUUAGCGCAAGGGACGGAGCAGCCCAUGAGACAGAUCCAUCCAGAUCACAAUUAGAGUCGGUCUCGCUCAUUCAGCGUCUCCCUUCCCGUCCAGCUCUACCUCCGCAAAGCAGUGUCACGUUCACAACCUCAAACUCCAGGCACGAUCAAAACCCCUUUUCAAACCCAGUCCCUUCUCAUCGCUUCUCACCCUUAUCCUCCACGGAUAUAAGCAGACCCCUUAACGUCGAAACCCCCUCAACGGACACAGGAGCAAAUACGCCCGAGUCUGAUGCGCCCUUGUUGGUACAGAGCACACACAAAGUUCCUGGUGAAGUGUGGAUAGACCCUAACGAGAGGGAAGGUUUGCCUGUCGGCCCCACACCUCUUGGGUUGACACUUGGCAUCGAUGUGGGCGGGACAGAUUCGAACCGUGAUUCCUCAACAGGGAUGACCCGUCGAAGUACCCUUCUCGGAAGCCUGCGGCGUAGCAACGAUGCAGACUUAGGGAGAGGAUUCAGCACGCGCAACAGUGCAGCUGUUGUCAAUCCUGCUAUGGAGCGACAUGCUGAGAGGCUGGCAGUACAUCGGGCAGCUGGUGUCGUUAGGGCGCAUACGAGGAGAAGAGAAAAUUGGGUACAUCGACCUCACCCUGGAAAACACAUCGUUUGCGAACGAGGGGAGGAUGAUGGGGUAAGUACAGAUGCAGACGGGACCGAGAAAGAUGCGGAGAAGAGGAUGCAGAACGGAGGGAGUCGUCUGGAUCAUCCAGAUCUAAAAGAUGAUGCGGGAGCAGAGUGGACGGACGUCGAUCAGUCGCAUCCGGAGCCCAAGACGUUGUGCCAUGCAGACAGAGAUCGUAACAGGAUGAGGGGAAAAAUUCCGUCAUGGUUCCGCUCGUUCGCUAAUCGACGUUCACAUCCUGGUACUUCUACGCAUUUCGACCGAAUCGAUCCUGAAGCCAACACUGCAUCCUCCAUGCACGCGCUGCACCCUCAUCCCCGUCUAGGAAAUGGGGUCCUUAGUGCUUUAUUGGCACUAUACGGACGCGACCACGAUCAUGACCAGGAACGUGAGGGUGAACAUGACGACGAAGGAAGUACAAGUGGAGGGAGCACACCAGGCCGCAGGAGCCGCUCGAGUUCGGUAGCGGGAAGUGAGGAUGAAGUAUCAAACUUGGAAAAACCAGAGAGACCAUGGUUAGAUCGACCAGAGGGCAAAGUUUCAACAUCUUCGCACGGAGGUACCUCCAAACCCUCGAAGCUUACGAAACCAGCAGGCAGAUCCCUGAAAAUGUCUUCCGCCUCCUCUCUUCUACACGCUCUCCACCACCGUACGCAGUCGUUACCGACAUCAUCGUCGACAGCUGCGCUUAUCGCGGGUGCGGGUGCGCUUACUGGGGCUGCUGUCCCAAGCGGUGCCACCCUUGCACCAGAUCUACGGAGAGGAGAGGGCUUGGUAAGAUACGAGAUUGAUGGGGGAGCCACAGAUGCUACUGGAGAAAGAGAGACAGGAUCGCCUGACACCGUAGUGCCACCGCCGGCUUCUGCAGAAACUUCACAGGCUAGCUCGUGUUCGCAAACUAACACAUCUACCAGUCCAGCCAGUACAGGCUCAGAAACACGAGCAGGAAGUAGGGGAAUCAACAGAGGAUGGAAGGCCGUUCUCCGGGACCUUCCCCUUCCGUCGACAGGGGUAGUGGGUGAUGUUCUGAAAGGGGUGUCGCGUUCCUUGCCUGGUACCCCAGUCGGCCUGGGCAGCUUGGGGUGGGCUACGUCGAGUGAGAAUACGACCCCUUGGUCAAGCGAGGAUGCUACUCCACACAGUACAGGUGGUGACAGGACUUCGGAGACCGGGACACCUGUUGAAGGGCUAAAAGAGGAGGGUAGAAAGGACUACUUCGGGGAGAAGUGGCAGGAAGCGCCGAGGAAAAAGAAGAAAGGAAGAGGGAUGGAGAUGGAGAAUAAGAAUCGCGAGGAAAAGGAACGGAAGAAACAGGAGCGAAGGGAAAAGAGAAAGAGGGAAAAGGAGAAGAGGCAGAAAAGAAAGAAAGCAGAAGUUUGGAUCACUCGCCAUGUCGCCGCCAUUCUCCAGCGGCAAGAAUUCAUCCUUAAGCUUGCACGCGCCAUGAUGAUGUUUGGUGGACCAUCUCACCGCUUUGUCGCGCAGAUACAGAGCACUGCCCGCGUGCUCGACCUCGAUCUCAGUUGCAUGUAUCUCCCUGACGUGAUGCUUAUAUCCUUCGAGGACAGGGCCACCGGAACGAGUAAUGUCAAGUUUAUACGCCAGGCCUCAGCGUUGGAUCUGGAGAAGCUCAGCGACGCACACACUCUCUACUGGAAUGUCAUUCAUGACAACAUAUCUGUCUCACAAGCCUCCGCCGCGCUCGACGUUCUGAUGCAGAAGAAGCCCUUGUACAACUUUGCACAACUUGUCUUCAUCGGGGCGAUGUGCUCUGCUUCUAUUUGCUCAGUCUCUUUCUCCGGUUCAUUCAUCGAUUGCCUCAUCUCGGCACCACUCGGUGGUCUAUUGGUUGCGAUACAGCUCCUCAGUCCUCGGAAUGAGUUGUACGGAAACGUCUUCGAGAUCACGAUCUCAACUCUGAUGAGCUUUGUGAGCGCUGCAUUGGCAUCAACGGGACAUUUCUGUUACCCGGCUGUAACGAGUAGUUCGGUGGUAUUGAUUUUACCCGGUUUCAUCGUCCUGUGUGGCUCGCUGGAAAUUUGCUCGCGGUCCCUUGUAGCCGGUGCGGUCAGACUCUGCUUUGCGUUGAUGUACUCCCUCUUUCUCGGAUUCGGCCUUGGAAUCGGCGCACAAUUAUAUGAGAGUUUCGUUGGUCAGCAAUUGGUUGGCGCGACGGAUUACCUCUGUUUGGACAGCCAUGAUCCAUCUGGACCGUGGUGGCAACAGACGCCUAGUUUGUGGUGGGCUUUCUUGACAGUUCCCAUGUACUCGCUAUUUUUGAGUAUGCGACUGAUGGCGCCGUGGUGGAGACGAGAGCUGCUGGUAUCGAUUAUCAUUUCAUGUAUGGGUUGGGUUACGAAUCACUUCACGAGCCUCAAAUUCCCCAAUCAGGGUGACAUCAGCGCAGCCGUUGGCGCGUUCGUGGUUGGGUUCGUGUCAAACCUGUAUGGGCGAUUCUUUGAAGGGAAUGCCUUCGUUGUGAUGAUUACCGGUAUACUCUUCCAGGUUCCUUCAGGACUUGGCAGUAGCGGACUCCUCAACUUUGUGUACGACCAAGCAUCUGGCUCAUCGUCGUCCUACCAGAGCGGGUUCGAAACGGCGCUUCAGCUGAUCUCGGUCGCCAUCGGACUUACGGUUGGGUUGGGAAUUUCGCUCGUUGUCGUACAUCCCAUACAGAGCCGUAGGAGAGCUGGAGGGCUAUUCAGUUUGUGAAAUGGUAUAGUACCAGAAUGGCUCCCUUCACCGUCUCCAAGGGCUCGGGCUCCUGUAGUAAGCGCUGGACGCAUGAUUCCCAACUUUACAUAGUUGCACGGGCAUUUUUGCGAACACCUGACAGUUUCACUGCCAAGCCCUAUUUUAUACCAUACAUUUCAAAUAUAAUUGAACACCAUUUUAGAUAUCACGUUCUCCUUCACUCAUUCUUCGGCAUCUUCUAGUAACACUGCCGAUUUUAAUCUCGGACAGUAUCGGCAUUUCAUACGCAACGCUCGUUACCGUGUACUAAUAGUUUUUCAUGAGGUGAAAGCUGGAAGUGUGUGUCUCUGACAUGCAAGUCGUCCCAGACCAAUGGUUUCGGGCUACAUGUCGCUGACUGCGUGGGUGAACUAUUAACAAGAAUAC